AUGGCGCUAGAUUCGACCGUCGCACUGAGUGGCACAUCUGCGGCACGUAAUAGCGCAGCUCGCGCCGCUCCGCGCGCCGUGCACACCAGAGUGCGCUCGAUUCUCGAGGCGCCUAAAAAAUCGACUCUUCACACCGGCGGAAUGCGCUCGCACCGCCGCGUUUCCCGCUGGAAUAGGUCCAUUCGUCUAACCCGGCGGCCACCGGCCCUACUAGUAUCGCUACUCGUAGUCGUCGCUGUCUUGGGCAACGGCAGCAGUCAUGGCAAUAGCAGCAGCCUGCCGCGCUAUACGCCGUGCUGUUCCCCGUCCCCUCACUCUACUCUCGCCCCUCACUCCCCUCACUCUACUCUCGCCCCUCACUCCCCUCACUCUACUCUCGCGCCUCUCGCGCGUCUCGCGCGUAUCGCGCCUGACGCGCAUCACUCCAUCAACGCGCUUCAACGCGUCUCGCGUCGUCUCCUGCAAGAAUCGUCCGCCUCGCCGCCUGGCAAGUCCCAUCCGCCGCGCAUGCUCCCUGCCCCUUCCUCCCCGCGCAUGCGCGCUGCCCCCUCCUCGUGCAUGUGUUUGACUCCCCCUCCCCGCGCAUUCGCGCUGCCUCUCUCCCCGUGCAUGCGCGCUGCCCCUUUUUUCGUUUUCAGACUUAAUGCGCAUUCCGCUCCUUUUUUACAUUCCACGCCCCCACCCCCCAACUGCUCCUCCCAGCUACCCCCCUUAGCCCCGCCCUCCCAGUUACUCUUUCUCCCCUCUCGUGCCCUCCCUUCCCCGCCCCGCCCCUCCCCCCGCCCCUGCGCGCGCCAACCUAUCAGAUGGCUGGAGAAUCCGUUUGCAGUCGCGCCCUCUUCUCGUUUCAUUCAUCGCCACGCGAGGAGAGCAGAGAGCAGCUUCGACGAGGCAUUUCUGGCAGACUACAUUGCCCGCUCCACCCACCACUACGACCCCCUUCUCAAGGCGCCUCUAAUUUUCAUUGCCUGCUCCACCCACCACUACGACCCUCUUCUCAAGCUUGGUUCGGGUCCUUUUGGAGACUCCUUCCCAUGCUCCGGACCAGAGGGCGAGCCUUGGCUUGUGGUUCGGGCCACCAUACCUGAUGGUUUGGCAGGUGCCACGUGGCUGCCUUGGACUGGUGCAGCUGCCAAGAGAAGAGCGUUCAACGAGGAAGUGAGUGAAAGGGAGUGA